UUGGGAAUUGAUGUGCCAGCAGUUUAUUUUGUUGACCGUGAUCGAAACUUGUUCAUUAUGGAAGCAAUAGUUGAUGGUGAGGUGAUCAGCGAUUUUGGUAUCCGAUUAGGCCGAAUAAUUGCAAAAUUACAUGCCGGUGGUAUAAUGCACGGUGAUCUGACAACCUCAAAUAUGCUUUUACGAAAUGGAAAUCCAGAAACAAUUGUACUCAUCGAUUUUGGCCUUGCAGAGAGUAUUGUGUAG